UGUCUAAACAUGUUGUAAAUUAAAGUCAGUUUUGAUUGUUUCCUCCCAAAGUCGUUGCGGAUCUAGAAUCUCUUCAAACUGCUGUUUGGUUUGGAUUCAGGUCGUGGGAGGAGUUGGGUGCUGUUUCAUAUUCAGAGAGGAGGGGGACUCUUUAAGAAUCUCAUUCUCUUUGGGGCUAUAAAGACGUUGUGCCUGCAAGACAGAGCAAAUUAACUCCAUUGGCGAAUUAUUGCAUUACAAGGCAUUGCUCCGCUCAUCGGUGCGCGACGACGAUUAGUUUCUUCUUCUUUUUUUUAUGGUGACAUUUGAUUAAAGCGAGCGGAUUACAGUUAAGAUGAUGGAGUAUAUGGAGGAUAAGUUUGCGUUGAAAAGCCAAUCGAUGAAGGCAAGCGAUUACUACAUGGACCAAGUCAUGGAGAGCCUGGACAGCGCGCAGUACUUCACAAAGACUUCCCCGAAAUGUGUGCAGGCCUUCGGGCUUCAGAGCGGCGAACACCGCUCCUCGCCCUGCGGAGACCAAAACGCCAAUUACGCUGGGCCAAAAACAGACGACGACACUUUGCACUCGGACCUCGGGAGGACGAUGGACAAUUGUUGCACUCUUCGGGCGUCUCCGGUGACAACUGGACAGGAGAAAACGGAUUUGGACGACAUGGGAGACAAGUGCGACAGUAACGUGUCCAGCAGCAAGAAAAGGAGACACAGGACGACCUUCACCAGCUCGCAGCUGGAGGAGCUGGAGAAAGUCUUUCAGAAAACUCACUAUCCAGAUGUUUAUGUGAGGGAACAGCUGGCCAUGAGGACGGAAUUAACAGAGGCCAGAGUGCAGGUGUGGUUUCAGAACAGAAGAGCAAAGUGGAGGAAAAGAGAGCGCUAUGGGCAGAUCCAACAAGCCAAAACUCACUUUGCAGCCACCUAUGAUUUAUCAGUGUUACCAAGGACCGACAGCUACACACAGAUUCCUAACAACCUGUGGCCGAGCCCUGCUCCCGGUGGCUCUGUGGUCUCCUCCUGCAUGCUGCCCCGAGGCUCCCCUCCUUGCGUCACUUCCUACUCGCACUCGCCUCGUUCAGCUGCCGGUGCCGCAGACCACAGCUACGUGGGCUUCCCCAAUCAGCAGAACCAGUUUGGUCAUGUAUCCCUAAACAACUUCUUCAGUGCAGACUCCCUCCUAACACCAGCUGCCAACGGCCACCAUGCCUUUGAGACCAAGCCCGAGUUCGAGAGGCGCUCGUCCAGCAUCGCUGUGCUGCGCAUGAAGGCCAAGGAACACACGGCCAACAUCUCGUGGGCCAUGUGAUCAGGGCUGCUGUGCAUGUCUGGAAAGUGUGGAUAAUGUAUGGAAAAAUAUUUUUAAGAAGUUUUUACCAAGUGUGGGAAUUGUCCAAAGAGUCUGAAAUCAUGUUCAAAACAACUCAGUCCAGAUAUAACAAGACCAUCUAGUGAUACUAGCCACUUAUUUGUUGUGAAUAAAAAUCUGCUGUGGAGUGAUAUGGCCAAUUUCACAUAAUACUGCCUUGCUAUUUACAUCUGCAUCAUUUGUAACUCAUUUUAUUCACUGAGUCACUAAAAUAAGGUCAUUUUCUAAAAGUUGCAAGUCAAUAAUCUAAAGCUAUGAACUAAAAAAUAAAUUGCCAUAAUGCUUUGUGACAGACACAAACAGCUGUGUUUCUGGUCUGAGGCAGAUCUACAGUAGGGUGGACUGAUACUAUUAGUAAAAUACAAUGAAGUAGUCAAAGACACUUUUGAAAGGUGGAGUUUUUCUAGACUUUCAUGUAGCUUAGCUAAAGCGAUAUAUACAUAUCAUUCAUACUUUCAGGGUAAUGUCCAGUGCAUUGUUUUACAGCCCACAAACUGUUGUCCUUUCUGGUCAGACCAGAUGGUUGAUGAACCCUUCGGUGGAGGUGAGAGCUCUGAUAUGAAUAAGCUUUCUUUGUUGUUGUUUUUUUAUGGAGGUUGGGAAGUCCUCAGUGUUUCCUCUUUAUCGAGACAGAAAGAAAGUGUGAAAGGCAGGGGAAGCAAGUACAACUCCAGGUGCCUGUGGGAUUGGAUCCCCGUGUGGGUACAUGUGGAUCCAGAGGGAGGGGUCCCAAACCACUAUAGCAUUUCUAAGCACUGUGAAUAAGCUUCCUUUACCUGCGCCUUUUAUCUUCCUCCCUCGUUCCAGCUCAGGACUGAAGAUGAGCAGCAUUGAGACAAACUGACUCGACGUACUGAGGUGUCUGUGUGCUUUGCAGCAAAGCUCUGUAAUAUCUGUCGUCUGCCUCUGUUCUGUAUCACAGGUACAGGACGCAGGCAGAAGAGGCAGGUUUUAAAAUAGUAUGUUUUGUAAAUUUAUCUGGUGGAAGCAUAAUAAAUGAAUGUCACUUCACUCCA